AAAGAGUCGUGUAAUAUUGAUCGGACAAAUUAUUAGUGCUUGAAACUUAAACAAUCGAGGUGAUUUGAAUUUCAUUCCCCUUCGUAAUGGCUGAAGAAUCUCAAACGGCGCCAUCUAGCUCACAACCAAGAUCCUCCGUUAACACUGCAAAAAUAUCCCAGGUUCCUGGAUACUUUGGUGUUCCAGCUUUUCAAAAUGGUGAUUUUCAGAUGUUUCCGGUUAUGUAUCCUGCAAUUGUCCCAGGUUUAACUUUACAAAAUCAGGAACAGAUUAACCGUGGAGCAGGCAUAUAUGCUGUUCCUGUUCAACCAUUUAUGGGACAUAUUGCUGGAAUUCCAUCUAACAAUCUCAUUCCCCUCACCUAUAACAUACCUACACGGUCUGUGACGGAGGCAGGGACUGCAGUUGAGGAGCAAGGGCAAGGAGCACAACCCCAACAUCAACAGCAGCAGGUAGGACCCCAAAGACAGGUUGUUGUCAGGAGAUUCCAAAUUGCAUUUCAGCUGGAUUUGUUGCUUAUACUUAAGCUAGCAGCUGUAAUAUUUUUGUUCAACCAAGAUGGAUCAAGACAGAGGCUGGCUGUCCUUGUGUUCUUUGCUUCACUAGUCUAUUUAUAUCAAACUGGAGCUCUCACACCAUUGAUAAGAUGGCUUUCCCAAGGCAUGCAGAGGGCAGCCGCACCUCCUCAUCCACCUAGGCCUGCUGCUAGAGCAGAGAAUGUUCCUGCUGCUGGAAGGCAAGGCAAUGAAAACGUGGCUUUGGCAGCAGGAGAAGAGAAUGAGAACCGGCCUGCAGGUGAUGGUAAUCAGGCGGUUGAGAAUGAGAAUGAAGCAGACCCUGCUUUAGGAAAUGCUGGCAAUCAGUGGUGGGGAAUUGUUAAGGAAAUCCAGAUGAUUGUUUUCGGCUUCAUCACGUCUCUUCUUCCGGGCUUCCACAACAUAGAUUAGGUCAUACUUUACAGAACCAAUGAUCUUUUCCUUCUAAUUCUUAUAAGAAAAAGGAAAAGCAUAAACCGAUGUUUAUAUAGGUAAGUAUACUCGAACAGAUUCGGUGCAGUCGUUGUAUGGUGCUCGGGAGCCCCACUGCAUCUGCAAGAAGCCUUUCUGUUUUAUUUACAAACCAGCAUGCUUUAUGUAGUUGUUUGGCACAUGAAGUUGAUAGGAUACUUGAAAUUGUAUGCCAACUGGAAUGCGGAUUUCUUUGUAAUGCAGACAUGGAAUG